AUGGCAGCUCACAAGGCCAAGAGGGCUGCUGCUGCCAGCAGCAGCAGCAGCAGCAGCAGCAGCAGCAAGUUGAACCCCUUUGAUGUGAUGGGGAAUAAAAACCCGAAAAGAAAAAUUCUGGGCCUCAAAGUAAAGGGCGCCGAGCGAAACCUCACGAAGACCCUCUCAGCAGCGAAUAUAAAUAGCAGCAACAACAGCAGCAGCAGCAGCAGCAUUUAUGAUGAGCGGCUAUAUCGCGGCAGCAGCAGCAGCAGCAGCAGCAGAACAGCAGGUGCAGCAGCAGCAGCAGCAGCAACAGCGAAGCGCAUGCAGGGUAGCAGCCGUGCAGCAGCAAUUGCAGCAGCAGAUGCAGAGGAGUUGAUGUACGCUCGUUUGGUGCUGCUGCGUCAGCAGCAGCAGCAGCAGCAGCGGCUGCAGCAGCAGCAGCAACAGCAGCAGCUGCGGCAGGAGCGCAAAAGAAAAAAGAAAUCGUUUGUAUUAGAUGAGAAUACAUCUGAUGAAGACACAGAAAAGCCCUUUUAUAAUAGUUUAGGUGGUGGAGCUGCGGAUACACCUGAAGCUGCAGCAGCAGCAGCAGCAGCAGCAGCAGCAGCAGGGAUGGAUUUGCUGCUGCAUAAAGGCAAACCUAUUGCUGCAAUGGGAGACGAUGAAUUGAGAGCAUCUGCUGCUGCUCUCGUGCAGCAGAAGGCUUUAGCAGAAGAAGAGGCAGGAGAGCAGCAAAUGCUGGAGGGAGACUUGCUAUUUUCUGGGGGUGGUUCGGAGGCCCCGAAAAGCCGAAGAGAAGUAAUGAAAGAAAUAAUAAGCAAGAGCAAAGAAGCCAAGGCGCAGGGUUUGGCUUGUUCGAUGCAGCAUGCACGCGAAGCAGAGGAGCAGCAGCAGCUGCUGCAGCAACUCGAGCUGCAGUUUGCUGCCGUUAGAGAAGACCUUCCAUUUGUUAAACCUAAACAAAAGGAACCGAGCCUUGAGGAUCUGCUGGCGAAAUACACAAAGGACGGGGGAAAGCAGCAGGAGGAGACGGAGCAGCAGCAGCAGCAGCAGCAGCAGCAGCAGCAGCAGCAGCAAGAAGAGAAGAAGCCAUCACUCUUUGGCUUCCUUCAAAACAGCAGCAGCAGCAGCAGCAGCAGCAGCAGCAGCGGCCCCUUGUUGCUUUUGGAUCCUGAGGACAGCAGCAGUGCUUCAGCAGCGCCAGGUGCAGCAGCAGCAGCAGCUUCUGCUGCUGCAGCUCCAGCAACAGCAGCAGCAGCAGCAGCAGCAGCAGCAGCAGAUUACGAUAAAGCAGCAAGGAUGCUGCGGUUCGUGCCGCGAGUAGCAGCAGGAGAGAAGCUGCUAACAGACGAAGAGCUGCAUGCAAAAGCAAAGAAGAAGCUGCUGCAGCAGCAGAAGAAGCAGCAGCAGCUGCUGCAGCAAGAGCAGCAACAAGAGGAGGAGGAGCUGAGGAAAGAAGAAGAAGGGUUUUGGGAUCAAGCUGCAGAGACAGCUGCUCCUAGCAGCAGCAGCAGCAGCAGCAGCAGCAGCGACAGCAGCAGCAGCGACAGCGAGAGCAGCAACGAAGAAGAAGAAGAAGAAGAUGAUGAUGAUGAUGAUGAAGACGAAGAAGAAGAAGAGCUGCAAGAGCUGCUGCAGCAGGAAGGAGACGAGGAGACAGAUGAAGAAGUAGCAGCAGCAGCAGAAACAGAAGCAGCAGCAGCAGUAGCAGAAGCAGCAACAGAAGCAGCAGAAGCAGCAACAGAAGCAAAAGCCGAUGCAGCAGCAGCAGAAGCAGCAGCUGCAGCAACAACAACAGCAGCAGCAGCAGCAGCAGAUGCUGCUUCAGAGGCAGACAGUCGCCGCGCCGACGGCUCUGCCCGCUCAGCAGCAGCAGCAGCAGCAGCAGCAGCAGCUGCUGCUGCUGCUGCUGCUGAGAUAGACAGCGACGAGGAGGAGCUGGUGCUGCAGCAGCAGCGGCAGCUGCUGACAAAUGAAGCUUAUGAACUGCUGCUGCCCUUCAAGCCCGCGCUUCCUAAACAAGUUGAAGAAGUGCAGCAAAUAUUUGCAGACUGGAAACCCUCGUCGCAAGCUAAACUGCUGCACCGUGCCGCAGCAACAUCUGCGACGGAACAGCACCUGCAGCCUCCGCUGCUGCAGCUGCUGCAGCACUCAGCAGCAGCAGCAGCAGCAACACGCUUCUUUAAGCCUUUGCUGCUGCAUAUGGCUUGCCGAGUUGCUGCUGGAGAUGAGGAGCUGCAGCAGCAGCUGCGCCUAGAGAUUGCCGGUGCUGCUGAUGCUGCUGGAUCUGCUGCAGCAAAAGCAGCAGAGGAGGCAGCAGGGACCGAAGAGCUGCAGCAGCUGCUGCUGCAGCAGCUGCCGCAGCAGCUGCAGCAGCUGCUGCAACAGCAAGCAGCAGCAAACCAGAGAGACCUUCGAUGCCUUCUCACCUCCACUGAUAUUGCUGUGCUGCAGCUGCUGUUUUGCUGCUUCCCGCUGCAGCAGCAGCGGCAGCAACACCUCUUGCAGCUGGGGUUUCAUCUGCUAGAAGCAGCAGCAGCAGCAGCAGCAGCAGCACAACACGCAGAUGUGCUGCCAAUCUGCCCUCCCCGCAUUCGUUUGCAGCUGCGACGCAUGCAGCAGCAGCAGCAGCAGCAGCAGCAGCAGCAAGAGCAGCAGCAACAGCGGGAACCGCUCAAGAAGGGUCAGCAGGAGUUGCAGCUAGAGCAGCAGCAACUGCAGCAGCAGCUGCAGCAGCAUCUGUCGCUUGCACCGCUGCCGCUGAGCCCUUCUGGCGUAGCAGCAGCAGCUGCAGCAGCAGCAACAGCAAACGAUGUGCUGCAGCAGCAGGAAUCGAAGCCAAUAAGCGGAGCUAGAGAGACAUUUGCUGCUGUGCCUCCUCCGCUGUCUGCUGCUGCAGCACCGCUUGCUGCUCAGCUGCUGCUGCUGCAGCGACGUGCUGCUGCUGCUGCAGCACCGGAAGACGGCUGCUUCUUCCCCUCUUCCUUCUCACUGGCAGCAGCACUGCUGCACACAGCAGCACAGCAGCUGCUGCUAAUAGGCAAGCAACAGCAGCAACAGCAGCAACAGCAGCAACAGCAGCCACAGCAGCAACAGCAACAGCAGCAGCAGGAAGAGCAGCGCUACGCAACAGAAGUGCUGCAGCCAGACCUCGAGGAGUCUGUACUCCGCGUCCUGCAGCAACAGCAGCAGCAGCAGCAGCAGCAGCAGCAGAAGCAGCAGCAGCUGCUGCAGUGGGAGGGUUGGGCUGACUUUGGAUUUUCUGUGGCGACCACCGCCCUGGCCAUGCUCCAAACCCUCCGGCUUCAAACUUCCAGCGCGUAUAUCCCUGCGAUGCAGCAGCUGCUGCCAGCUCUCCCGCUGCUGCAUGCGUUGGUGCUGCAAGCUGCUGCUGCUGCACCGCCAGCAGCAGCAGCAGCAACAGCAGCAGCAGCAACAGCUGCUCAUGCUGCGGCAGCAACAGCAGAUAACGAUGAAGACGAAGAGGAAGUGUGCGUAGCACCAGAAGCAGCACCAGCUGCAGCAGCAGCAGCAGCAGCAACAGGAGGCAGGGCUUGCUGCUGCUUCUUGUUGCAGCUGCGGUGUCUGUGGCGCUGCGCUGUAGAAGCAGCAAAUGACACCCUACGGCCUCUCAGCUUGCAGCAGCAUCACCAGAAAGUAGGGCUGCAGCUGCUGACGCCUCGUUACUACGACCUUAAAACCCUCGGGGGUUUGCGUAACAGCAGCAGCAGCAACUUGCUGCAGCGAGAGCUGCUGCAGCAGCACAAGGAAAGGAGAGAGUAUAAGCAGCAGCGCCGGAAUGCAGCAGCAGCAGUGCGUGCUUCUGCUGCUGCUGCUGCUGCUGCAGCAGCAGCAGCAACUGCAGCAAGAAAAGCAGCAGUUGCUUCGCAUACUAACCGCCUGCUCAGGACGCUUGAAGAAGAUGUUGUGGAGUAUAAGAAAAUGAAAACAACAGGAGGGGGGAUGGAUACUUCCAUACAAAGAUAUAGACCCUCAAAAGAAAAGAAGAAGCGAAGGCUCGCCGGCAACAAAACUGAGCCCUAA